AUGCCUGCAACCAGUCUCUGCCAAGACGAGGCAUGUCCGCCAUACAGUCUCAUGGACGAUUAUAGCGAGGGAGCCCACCCACAAAUUUUAGAGGCGCUGCUCCGCACCAAUUCCACACAGCAAGUGUCUUACGGAAACGACGAAUACAGCAAUGAGGCCCGUCAUCUAAUCCGAGAGAAGAUUGAUUGCGCAGAUGACGAGGCCGAGAUUUUUUUCGUGCCCAGUGGCACAUCUGCCAAUCUGAUCUCAAUUGCCAGUUGCCUGCGCCCGUACGAGGCAGUCAUCACGCUGGACUCUGGCCAUAUUGCGUGCAAAGAAGCAGGCGCGAUUGAGGCGACUGGCCACAAACUCAUCCUGGUCCCGCCAGUGGAUGGCAAAAUGACGCCCGCCAAUCUCCAGAAGGCCUUCCAGCAAAACCAGUUCUAUCCACACAUGGCCAAGCCACGGCUUCUUUACAUUUCAAAUGCAUCGGAGACAGGCACCGUGUACACCAAGCGCGAGCUGAGCAAUCUCUCUGCCAUGUGCAAGCAAUUGAAGCUUCUGCUUCUUAUGGAUGGAGCCAGAAUCGGAACGGCCUUGUGCUCGAAGAAGAACGAUAUGACUCUCCGCGAUAUCUUUGAUCUCACCGACAUAUUCUGGAUCGGCGGAACCAAGGCUGGCGCGCUGCUGGGAGAAGCCAUUGUGGUCAAGAAGGAGUUGGCAGAGGGGUUCGUUUUCCAUCUCAAACAACAUGGCGCUUUGCUGGCGAAGGGCCGCAUUAUCGGUGUCCAAUUCAUGGAGCUGUUUCGCAAUGACCUUUUCUUUACAUUGGCUACACACGCCAACUCUAUGGCCGAGAAAAUCUCGGCUAAUUUCGAGUGUUUGGGAUACUCUUUGGUAGCGGACACGGCUACCAACCAAGUCUUCGUCACUCUGCCUUCAACCUUGGUGCGGAGGCUGGAGGAUCGCUUCCGAUUCUAUACCUGGGAGCACCUGGAUGAUGGGCGAAUGGUCAUUCGGAUCGUGACAUCCUGGGCCACGGAUGAGUUGCAGGUCGACAAAUUCAAUGCCUGGGUGGAGCAAUGGACGGUGGUUGGCAAAUAG